AUGCGUGGGGAUCUUUGUUCUCAUGCCGAGGGAACGCUGAUUCCCGAGCUGCAACGCCAGGGUCUCCGCAUACCUCUGCAGCCUGUUCCUGUUAUCGACGACAACGGAUACAUAUGCGUCGACCCUCCUGUGGACAUCCGAAGAGAGCUGCUAGACCACAAGGAGAAGUUCGCUGUGAUUGAGCACGACAUACAGGUUCUGACGGCCAAGAUCGAGUAUCUGGCCAUCUGCAAAGGCGUGACGUCGGACGAGCUGGACGCAGGGGCGCGCCAACACCUGGGUGCCGUGGUCGACACGCUAGUGCCGACGGCGACUCCACGCAAGCACGCCAAAGCAGAACCUACCGCGGACGGAAGUGGCCAGAAGGAGGUCGCGCAGACUCCUCCGACGCGUGCACUGGCGGCAGUGCCAUCAAUCUCUCCCUGUCCUGCACCUCACACAUCUGCCGUGAAAGAUAGCCAAGUUACUGCCGGCGACGCGACACCUGCUGUGGUCAGGCAACAACAGCGCGACCAUCUUGCAGUGGCUUUGCGCAGCCGCGCUAAGACUCCCGUGCCCGCAGCUCCAGGUAACCUCGGAAGGGUCGCAAGCAGCGGCCGAACGGGAGUUAUGUGGAACGCAGCGAAGCAGAGGUACUACGUCCGGAUCAUAUCUGCUCGCCGUCAGCAGGUUCGUCUGGGGUCGUACGAGGACAAGGACGAGGCGUCAUACGCGUAUGCUGCGGGAGCCGUUGUACUUCGCCCGAACUCACGCAUCAGCUGCACGGUGGAGCUGUCCGACGGUGACAGGCAGGCUUUAGCCGGCUGCACCGAGGAGAUCCUAAGGCUACUCGUGAAGUACAGGCGCUGGAACAGAUGGAGGGAGUGGAGAGCCGCAAUGGCUGGCCUGGACGAUGCGCAGCCGGUCGAGACCCGUUCGCGGCGAAAGGGCAGAGUCUCCCGAGCCAUUAGUGACGUUGAGGAGGUGGAGGCGACCACGCAGACUACAGAGGACCAGCCUAUGGCUGAAGAGCCAGAGGACCCACCAGAGGACUACACGGAUGACGAUGAGUCCGUUGACGAUGAUGCUGUAAUUGUGCGCGUGGCCAAGAGCGUGAGGCAACUAGUGCGAUAUGCCGUAUGCGCACGCAAACUUAACACCCUUCUACCUACCACGCACCUGGUCACAGAGACUCGAGAAGUGCCGCUGCAGAUAUGCAGUGCCAAGGCUGUCGGGGCCGUCGACGCGGAGGCAGCCUGCACGCCCAUUGUCGCCAGCGCACCACAAGGGGAGGAGGACACAGAGGCCGUGAAGGAACGCCUGAUAGACGAGUUAAUGGAAGGCGAAGAUGAGGACGACGAGGAGGGAAACGCUGGUGGUCAGUCGUCAAGCAACGAUCCGUGUGGCGAGAACGGAUCAGAGGAGGAGCAGGCCACAAAAGCGCCACAUUCGAGGAAGCGGAUAGAAGCAGCAGAUGGCCAAGUCACACGCGAGGAAUUUGAUGCGUUGCGUGAUUCCCAGAAUGAUACCGCGAAGACACUGGCUCGUCUGGAGUCACACGUACUGACCAUCAUCCGCCUUGACAAAGGGCAUAAGCGCAAGCGGGCGUCCACAAGUGCCGCAGCCUCGCUCGGCCGGGAAGCUUCGAAGCGGAAAUGCCAGUCAGAUGAUGACGAAGAAUCCACGUGCGAUGAGGACGAGUUGCCGGCGAAAGUGGCACGGCACGCGCGUCACGACAAGUCGCCAGUGCUCCAAACCGCCCUUGACAUCCUUCCAGCGGAGAAGGCUUGGAAGCGGGAGCGCCGUAACGAUUUGCGCGCUCAACGCAGCGCUGCAGGAGCGCAUGGUGGAGCCCACGGAGCAGCUGUUGCGCAGCAACGAGGCGCUGCGGCGAGAAUAGAGUGGAACCUGCGGCACCUGCAGCGAUGCAUCGAGCUGCUGCUGUCGGAGGAGCAGCACGGCUUCGUGGAGAUCAUGAACGACAUUCUGGAUCUGAGCAAUAUCGAGGCAAACGAGUUUGAGAUGGGCACCGCGACUUCGUUGUCACCGAGUGCGUCUAGGACAGCGUUAACCUGCGUGAGGUGUGUAGGCAUGGUGCAUGUAGGUGGCAUGGCGAGGCACAUGGGGCACGGCGAGGCGAGACCUGUAGAAGCAUGCCUUGGCAAUGCAAAGUCCAUGCCUGCAGCUGGCAGUGGAAUUCAGUGUGUUUUCACUCCCGCCCAAUUUCUGUUCUCCUUCUUCCUCCCGCUCGCUCCCCUCUCAUCCCCCACUCUCUUGCCCCUGUCCCACCGCAGCGUGUGUGAUGGCAUGGGAGCAGCGAGGACAACGAUGAAUAAGAGGGUAGCGAGCACGAUGCUAGCGCGCAUUGUGUAUGAGUGCACCGUCGCUGCCAACAGCCUGGAUGCCAUCCGCUGCCGGCAGACACACCCCUUCGACCUUCCGCUCAUGGAUGUGCAGGUGAGCGGUGCACUGCGGAAAAAGUGUACAACUCGUUUAAAGGCUCUCUUGCUGUCCGCUCUACACUCACUCGUCUCAAACACCUGUGAAACCCCCACCUCAACUUACCGCAUCAACACUCUCCCUCACCUCCAGCACCUGGGGAAAGCAGGAGUAGUGGGGGGGGCAGCGAUGGGGGGAUGGGUGAGCAGUCGGGGAGGCAUUGAUGGGGGGGAUGAGGGAGCAGUAGGUGCUGGACUGCAGCAACAGCACGAGCAGCAACUGCAUCGACGGUGGGUGGCUGACGGCAGCAGCGCUGGACUACAUGGUGGACGCCACACGCCAGUGGGGGCUGUUCCCAAUGGGGCUGUGAUUGACUGCAACAACAGCAGCAGCAACUGCGUUGACGGCGGGUGGCCGACGGCAGCGCUGGACUACAUUGUGGACGCCACACGCCAGUGGGGGGGCCUCGCCGCCGAGACACCCUUCUUCCCGUACCUGCAGAGGCAGAGCAGAUGCGUCCGGCGCAAGGCGACGACCAUAGGCAUCACGGGGUACGACCAGGUGGACUUCUACGGCUGGUUUGGCCUUCUCCUUGCUGUCAAUAUGCAACCCACCAUUGCAUUCGUGCGAGGCUCCUACCCCUCCUUCCAGACGUACACGCAGGGCAUAUACAGCGACGCAGGGUGUGCAGCGGCAGGAGUGGUGGAUCACAGCGUGCUGGUGAUGGGCUACAGCAUCACGGCUGAGGGCGCCUUCUGGAUCCUCCGCAACUCCUGGGGAGCCUCGUGGGGCAUGCAGGUGGGAUGUGUUGUGUCGCAUGUUCUGCAGGUGGGCUGUGUCGCAUGUUCUGCAGGUGGGCUGUGUCGCAUGUUCUGCAGGUGGGCUGUGUCGCAUGUUCUGCAGGUGGGCUGUGUCGCAUGUUCUGCAGGUGGGCUGUGUCGCAUGUUCUGCAGGCGGGCUGUGUCGCAUGUUCUGCAGAAAAAGGCUCACACUGAUUUCCCCCUACUUUUCCCCCGUUUUUUCCCACCUUUUCCCCGCUUUUCACCCACUUCUCCCCACUUGCCAUCAUCUUCCCGCCCUUCCCUUCCCAUUACAACACAUGACCUUACAUUGGAUCUCUCCUCCCUCCCUCUCCCUCCCAAUCCCUCCAACUUCCCUUGCGCCUCCUCCCCUCUCCCCCGACCUCUUCCCCUCUCCUUGCCCCCGCCCCUCGUCCCCUCCCCACCGCCCACUCGCCCCCUCCCACUUUCCCUUUUCCCACUCGCCCUCUCCCACGUCCCCUCUCCCCACUCGCCCCCUCCCACGUCCCCUCUCCCCACUCGCCCCUUCCCGCUCGCCCCCUGCCAGCUGACGUGUGCAGCCUGCAGGAUGACAAUCCCUGUGCGGUCGGCACGUGCAUCAACGACAAUGCGGGCGGCUUCUUUUGUCUCUGUCCGCCGGGAUUUGACCAGGGGUACCGGCCCAAUGGCGCUCACACAUGCGUCCCAAGUAACCUCCAACCCCUCAUACACCGUCGUCUUCCCAAUAGACAUCGACUGCCCGCUAGUCUACCAGCUCUACGGCCUCACGGAGGAGGCGUUUCUCGCUCAGAACCCGGACCUGAGCAUGGAUCACUGCGUGACCAUCCCCAAAAACACGGAAGUGAGCGUGCUGCCACCCCUCAUGGGGUCUGUGCAGUGCGGGCUGUUCUACUCGUGGACGGCGAAUGACACAUGCAAGGGCGUCGCGAGCUUGUUCUCGCUCACAGUGGCCGGCUUGCUUCGUCUCAACCCCGGGAUCAACUGCACGAGUAAAACCGCCUGGAACGCUCCGACUGUGAACCAGCAGCUGUGCGUGGCAUUAGGCAACGGGGCGGACCUACCCAUGUGCACGGCAUGGUACACAGUAAAGGCAGGGGACACGUGUGCGGGCAUCAUGGCGGAUCAUUCUCUCAACGACACCACAUUCUUUGCACUCAACCCGGGGCUGGGCUGUGACAGCCUCUUCCCCUCCGUUGGGGGAAGCCUCUUCCCUUCCUUCAGUGGCAGCGGCCGCGGCUGGAGUGGGGAUGGCGUGCAGGUGAGCGGUGGAGUGCGGUGA